GAUGGCCCAGCCAGGGUCCGGCUGCAAGGCGACCACCCGCUGCCUCGAAGGGACCGCGCCGCCCGCCAUGGCUCAGUCAGACGCCGAGGCCCUGGCAGGCGCUCUGGACAAAGAUGAGGGUAGGGCCUCCCCCUGUACCCCCAGCACGCCAUCUGUCUGCUCACCACCCUCUGCCGCCUCCUCCGUGCCGUCCGCCGGCAAGAACAUCUGCUCCAGCUGCGGCCUCGAGAUCCUGGACCGGUAUCUGCUCAAGGUCAACAACCUCAUCUGGCACGUGCGGUGCCUCGAGUGCUCCGUGUGUCGCACGUCGCUGAGACAGCAGAACAGCUGCUACAUCAAGAACAAGGAAAUCUUCUGCAAGAUGGACUACUUCAGCCGAUUUGGGACCAAGUGCGCACGAUGUGGCCGACAGAUCUACGCCAGCGACUGGGUGCGGCGGGCCCGCGGCAACGCCUACCAUCUGGCCUGCUUCGCCUGCUUCUCCUGCAAGCGCCAGCUGUCCACGGGCGAGGAAUUUGGCCUGGUUGAGGAGAAGGUGCUGUGCCGAAUCCACUACGACACCAUGAUCGAGAAUCUCAAGAGGGCUGCAGAGAACGGGAACGGCCUCACGCUGGAGGGGGCGGUGCCCUCGGAGCAGGACAGCCAGCCCAAGCCGGCCAAGCGCGCGCGGACCUCCUUCACCGCGGAGCAGCUGCAGGCCGCCCCGUCUGGGUCCCCCGGUGGCGCGUCCGACCCUUUUCCCGCGAGGCUGAGGCUGCGGAGGCUGUCGUUCCAGGUGUGGUUUCAAAACUGCCGGGCGCGUCAUAAAAAACACACACCGCAGCAUCCUGUGCCGCCCUCCGGGGCGCCGCCGUCCCGCCUCCCUUCCGCCCUGUCCGACGACAUCCACUACUCCCCGUUCAGCACUGCUGAGAGGGGCAGGCCCCCAACUCAGCCACCUACCGUCCCCUCCUCUGCAGGUCAUCCUUUUUCAGUACUGACGCUCCCUGCACUGGUGCAUCUGUCCAUGGGCACCCCACAGCUGCCCCUCAGCCGCUGAAACGCAGUGUCCAAGCGCUGCCAGGGAUCCAUCC